AUGCCGAUUGAAGACAAACGCGAAAAUGAAUCAAAUGAAUCAUAUGAUCCAGAAAACGAAAAUUACAAGAUUUUGGAGAAAAGAAUUGUCAGAAAAUGUGAUAUUUAUGUACUACCAAUAUUGGCUGCAACAUACUUGCUGGGAAUCGUCGAUCUUUCAAAUAUAGGGAAUGCCAUCGUAGCUGGCUUCGACUACAAUUACCUUAAGACCACUCCAUUUUUGUUUACUCUUGCAAUGUCAGCUCAUUUCAUCGGUUAUAUAAUAUUUGAAAUCCCUUCAAACUGGGUGACAAGAAUUUUAGGAUUCAAUGUUUGGAUGCCAAUUAUAAUGGUAUGUUGGGCUGCGAUGUCUAUGUGUCAAGCUGCAUGUAAAACCGCGACUCAAUUAGGCAUUGUUAGAUUUUUAUUAGGAACAUUUGAAGCAGGAUAUCCUCCAUCCAUAGUGGGAUAUGUUGGUUUAUUUUAUUCCAAAAAAGAAGUAACCUUAAGAUAUUCCAUCUUUAUGGCUUUGAUCACUAUUGGUGGUGCUUUUAGUGGAUUUGCAUCAUAUUUUAUAGUCCAAAUAUCAGGGACUUCAUUAGCUGGUUUUCAAUGGUUAUUCAUAAUUGAAAAUAUUCCAACUAUCCUUUUGGCCUUAAUUAUUGCCCUAGUUUUGUCUCGUGGUCCCGGGAACGCCCGUUUCCUUACACCUGAGGAACGUGAAUUCGCUGUUGAACGAUUAAAAUCAGAAGGAGGUCCAAAUCAAGUUGAUCGUAGCAUCGCCAAAGCUCAAAUAAAACUUGUCUUCACUGAUUUCCUAACUUACACUCAAAUGACAUUGUUUUUAGUUAGUUCAAUUCCAUUUUAUGCUCUUAAUAUCUACCUUCCUACUUUAGUUUAUCAACUUGGUUUUAAUGAUAUUCAAGCUCAAAUAAUGACUAUUCCACCACUUCUUGUUUCAACUAUAUUUAUGAUUAUUAAUUCUUGGAUAUCUGAUAAAUACCAAGUAAGAUCUUGGAAUAUAUUAACUGGUUAUUUGUUAUCCAUCAUUGGAUUGAUAGGAAUGAUAGCAACGCAAGCCAAUGUUCCUAGUUUAUACAACUUGAGAUAUUUUUUCACAAUUCUUCUGGCAUGUGGUGCGUAUAGUGUGUUACCAAUAAUUUUCAGUUGGUGUACUUGUAAUAUUGUUGGUCAAUACAAACGAAGCACGUUGAUAGCAGUAACAUUAACUUUUGAUCAAAUUGGAGGAAUUAUCGGGAUUCUAAUAUUCCCAGCUACUGAUGCUCCUUCAUUCCUUAUGGGAAAUACCGUUUGUUUGGUUGCAAUGCUUUUUGCAUCUAUUAUUACUAUUGGGUUGAAAAUUUACUUUGAAUUAAUAAAUAAGAAACGUGAUUUGGCUAUAUUAGCUGAUCAUAAUUAUAAGUUAAGUGAUAGUGAUUUGAAGAACAGUAAAAAGAUUAGAGAGAUUGCUAUGAAAUUAGUAGAAAAAGAGCCAAUGUAUGAUGAGGUGUUGUGUGAUAGGCAUCCAAAUUGGAGAUAUAUGACCUAA